CGCUCUACGGUCUACAGCCAUUUUUGUUUGGUUUUUCAUUACAGGAAAAUUCGCUAGGAAGAAAAAGAAAGUUUCAAAACUGAAAUUUAUCAUAGUCAAUAAUCCCUCGAUCAAAACAUCACAAUACUGUAAAUCGUCAAUCCAAUUCUCCUACCAUGGCCGCCCAAUCCUCCGCCGCGGCCACCACCAACAUCAUGCUUGCAGUCUACGAGAAGAAAACGACCUCCCUCGACCUCUACCGUCCACUUCGCAACUACAUCUCCAUGGUCUACUCCGAGCGCGAGGCCCAGAACCUUGAUGACGACCUCCAAACACUUAAGCAGUAUCGCUCUGACCUUGAACGCCAAUCCGACCCUUCACCCACCUCCCGCCGUGACCUCCUUCAGAAUUACUUCAAAGCCCUUUGCUUGGUCGAGACCCGCUUCCCCAUCUCCCCCGACAAGGAUCACAUCAACACGGUGACGUUUGUCUGGUACGACACCUUUAAGCAGAAGCAGAAAGCGUCUCAGCAGAAUAUCCAUUUGGAGAAGGCCGCAGUGCUUUUCAAUUUGGGUGCCGUCUAUAGUCAGAUUGGGCUUUCUUUUGAUCGGGCCACCGUGGAGGGGAGACGGCAGGCAAUUCAUGCGUUUAUUGCUGCUGCCGGGGCGUUUGCUUAUCUGAGGGAUAAUGCUGCGACCAAGGCAUCGAUAGGGUCGAGUACCACGGUGGAUGUGUCGGUGGAGUGUGCGGGUAUGUUGGAGAGGCUGAUGCUGGCUCAAGCGCAGGAGUGUGUGUUUGAGAAUACCAUUGCCAAAGGGAGUACCCCAGGGGUCUGUGCCAAGAUUGCAAGGCAGGUUGGGCUGUACUAUGAGGAAGCUUUAGCAGCACUGAAUGUUGCACCUCUGAAGGAUCAUUUUGACAAGCCUUGGAUUGCUCAUGUCCAGUUGAAGGCAGCUCUAUUCUAUGCUGAAGCUUGUUAUAGAUAUGGUUUAGAAUUGCACGAGAAAGAAGAAGUUGCAGAAGAAAUUGCACGGUUGAGGAGUGGGAUUAGUGCCUUAGCUGAGGCAAAGAAAAACUCAAAAGGGGCUGCAGCACAGCUUCUGGAAGCAAUCAGCAAGCUGGAAGCCAAUAUCAAUCGCAACCUGGAGAGGGCCGUGAAGGAAAAUGAUAGAGUUUAUCUCAUGAGGAUUCCUUCCCAAAGUUCCUUGCCUCCUCUUCCAGCGUUUUCAAUGGUGAAGCCAAUGUCAAUGAAUGAGGUACUAGAUGCAAGCAAGGAAAAGAUGUUUGCAAGUCUUGUUCCAGACAGUAGUGCAAAGGCUCUUUCAAGGUAUACUGAAAUGGUUGAUGACAUAAUCAGGAUACAAGCUGAGAAAUUACAGCAAGCCAGUGAACUGACUCGAGUGAGGCUCAAGGAAAUGGACCUGCCAGAUUCAAUUCUUGCUUUGGAAGGAAAUUUUACACUUCCAACAGAUCUUAAGGAAGAUGUGGAAGCUGUGCAGAUUAGUGGGGGCCCAGCUGGUUUGGAAGCUGAGUUACAACAACUUAGAGAUUUGAGAAGGGUGAACCAAGAAUUGCUGGUCCAGACUGAGGAGCUUUUGCAGAAAGAAGCAACAGAAGAUGCGCAGUUUAGAAGCCAAUUUGGUACACGUUGGACUAGGCCUCAAUCCAGCACUCUGACAAAGAACUUGCAGGAUAGGUUAAAUAGAUUUGCAGCUAACUUAAAGCAAGCUUCAGACAGUGAUGGCAGAAUUGAACGUUCUGUGAGGGAUCAUUCUGCACUCAUGUCAAUCCUUGAUCGCCGACCAAUAGAAUCUGCUCUUCCAACUCUGUCUAGGCCAAUAAUGUCUUUGGAUGCCAAUGAAGAUGCUAUAGUGGGGUCCCUGAAGCAGAGCUUGAGGCAAUUGGAGAUUCUAGGUGCUCAAAGGGCUGGUCUUGAAGAUAUGCUCAAGGAAAUGAAAAGGAAGGAUGACAUACUACCAAAGUUGAUGACAUCUACUGGUUCCUAUGAAGAUCUUUUUAGGAAAGAGAUAGCCAAAUAUGACCAAAUCUGUGAGGAUAUUGCCCAAAAUAUUGAGGCACAAGAACAAGUAUUGUUGCAAAUUCAGGCUCAAAAUGAGGAAUUUUCUGCUGUCUUCAAUCUUGAAGAUUACAAAGCCUCUCGUGAGAAGUGCUAUAAGCAGAUACAGGCUGCUAUGGCAAAGUACCGGGAAAUAAAGGAGAACAUCAAUGAGGGAUUGAAGUUCUACGUUACUCUUCAGGAUGCGAUCACCAAUGUCAAGCAGCAAUGCAGUGAUUUUGUGAUGACCAGAAGCAUUCAAUGCCGAGAAAUGAUUGAAGAUGUACAGAGACAUAUGGCGGGAUUGAGUUUUCAGGACCGCAAGAACACAGGUUCUUACAACUAUUCUGCAGCGAACCAGACCCAUCAAACUCCAAGAUCAAGUCCACAGCCUUCAGUUGAUCCUCAAAAUGUACCCCUUCGGCCCCAAACACCUUACUACCAGUCUCCUGAGCAGCCAACACUGCCUGGAUAUGCUCAUCCUCCUCCGCCUUAUGCUGCUUCCCAGCAGCCACCACCUUACCAUCCUGGUGCACCUUACCAGCCUGCACAGGUUCAACAACCACCCCCAACAAGUCAGGAAUAUGGCCAACCUGCCUAUCCAGCGUGGCAGGGCCCAUACUACAAUGCUCAUGUACAGCAACCUGGAUCAUUUCCUCGACCUCCUUACACUGUUCCUAAUCCAUACCCCCCUCCCCAUCAAGGUGGCUACUACAAGCAAUGAUUGUGUAGGCUGUUAUUUUCUCUGGCAAUGUAAUUUUAUAAUUGUGAUGCAAUAUUGUUCUUUAUUCCAUCCUUGGUGGAAUAGAUUGAAUUCAGCUAGAUCUUACAUUUGGUUGCACAGCAUAAUAAAUCUUGAGUAGCUAGCAGGUGAUCCGUUGAUUUGCAUAAUCCUCCUUGUAUCACAUUUCAUGUGAAUUCAUCUGUUCAUGUUCAAAGUUUAAUAUAUAAAAGCUUAUUAAUUUGUGAAA